UUCUGUGCACGUUAUACGUGCCCAGCGGACUCAGAGCUAAGUGACUGGAUGGUUUAUUGUUAACUGCCUGGCGCAGUCUGUGGAUGCUGAUGGUGUUUGUCCUGUCACUUGGUGCAACACAUCUUUUCUUCUCCGCCGAUGCUGCCGGACCUGCUGAGUUUUUCCAGUCUAUUUUUGGUGGAGGAUGCGGAUCUCUCGCUGUUUGCUGUUUCUGGUAAAAAAAUGCGGCAAUAUCAAGCCGACGAUUUGGCGGAGCCUACAUACGUACAAAAUGGCCACUUCAGCCAGCGCCAAUCUCAGCAAAAUCGUCAAGAACAACUACAUGGAGCUGCCCCUGGAUGGCAAGAUUCAGGCUAUGUACAUCUGGGUCGAUGGCACGGGAGAGGCGGUCCGCUGCAAGACCAAAACACUGGAUAAGGAGCCCAAGACCAUUUCAGAACUCCCAGAAUGGAAUUUUGAUGGCUCAAGUACAUAUCAGUCGGAGGGGUCCAACAGCGACAUGUACCUCAUCCCGUCUGCCAUGUUUCGGGAUCCUUUCCGUAAGGAUCCGAACAAGCUCGUCCUCUGUGAAGUCCUCAAGUAUAACAGGAAGCCAGCAGAAAGUAACCUUAGAAACUCAUGCCAGAGAAUAAUGUCCAUGGUGGCAGAUGAACAUCCAUGGUUUGGAAUGGAACAAGAGUACACGUUGCUGGGAACAGAUGGACAUCCCUUCGGAUGGCCUUCCAAUGGGUUUCCUGGACCACAAGGGCCUUAUUACUGUGGAGUUGGUGCAGACAAAGCUUAUGGUCGAGAUAUUGUGGAGGCUCAUUAUCGGGCUUGUCUGUAUGCUGGAAUUCAUAUCUCUGGUACCAAUGCUGAAGUGAUGGCUUCUCAGUGGGAGUACCAGAUUGGACCUUGCGAGGGCAUCAAGAUGGGUGACCACUUGUGGAUUUCGAGGUUUAUUCUACACCGUGUGUGUGAGGACUUUGGUAUCAUUGCUAGCUUUGACCCGAAGCCCAUUCCUGGCAACUGGAAUGGUGCUGGGUGUCACACCAACUUUAGCACUAAAUCUAUGCGGGAUGAGGGUGGAUUGAAAUUCAUUGAAGAAUCAAUUGAAAAACUGGGCAAGAGGCAUCAAUACCACAUUCGUGCUUAUGACCCUAAAGGAGGGUUGGACAAUGCUAGGCGUUUGACAGGCCACCAUGAAACAUCAAAUAUCAAUGAGUUCUCAGCGGGUGUUGCCAAUCGAGGCGCCAGCAUCCGAAUCCCUCGAUCUGUUGGCCAGGACAAGAAAGGUUACUUUGAAGACCGCCGUCCAUCUGCUAACUGUGACCCUUAUGCAGUCACAGAAGCAUUGGUCCGUACGUGCCUACUGGGCGAGACUGGGGACAAGCCUGUUGAAUACAACAAAAACUAAUCCCAGUGCACUAAUGGACCUAGCAUUUGUAGCAGUGAUACCUUUUUUGAAAUGUGGGACCUUAAGGUCUCUACUCCUACACUGUACAGGUGCUAAAGGUGGGGGUGGCAAGGGGGGGGUGGUGAAGGUGGCGUCAGAAGAGUUUGGAUUGUAUUUCAGAGUAUAAUUUUUUUUUAUCUGGAAAGUGAGGAACGAUACUUGGGAUAGGACAACAGACUGUUCUCUUAUUUAGAACAGUUAACAUUAACUCUUCAAGUUGACUGGUCAACUUCAGAUGGACGAUAACCUGUAACUUAAUACAGUCAACAUUGAUAUUAAAGCAGGGCUUUUUUAUUAAAAUGCAGCAUUAAUAUCUUAGUCGGGUGACACAUUUCUCAUUUUACUAACUCUUGGAUCUGUGCAGAUCCACAAAUAUUACUAGUUCUGUAAACUACACAAUUUCACUAACUUUUCAUGGUAGUUUGCAUUCUUUCCUGAGAUAUUCUGCAGUGACAGAAGAGUUGUUCUGUGAAUGGCUGGUCUAGCACCAGGAAGGAACUUUGGUGACCAUUGGUUGGGACUCUGACAAGUCCUGUAAUUAAGUUGUGUUGAGAACCUACCUUCAAAAAUGGGAAGUAGGGAUGCUGCAAGAUCAGAUUGGAUUUGUAACUAAUGUACUGCAUUCCUGUACAAUUUAAUCUUCACUUGGUAUAGUCUGGCCUGCUAAUUUACAGUGGUCUUGUCAUUGUGAUAGGGUCCAAGGGCAGCUUAAAUAGAUGCCUUUGUUUAUUGUAUAUUACUUUAAUGACUAAAACCCCUCAAGGAAGGUGUCCUUAAAAAUCAAAAAUGUUCAGCUAACCUCUAGGGAGUUUUGCAAAUGUUUGUAAAAAAAAAAAUCUGAGUUUUAUGACACUAGCUGACUGGAUUCUAAUCUUUGGGGGAGAGCAGGAGGGGUUUGAAGAGAAUGUGACUGGCCUUUCCUGUAAUGAGUUACUGUUCACUUGUCACUUGACCUUUUCUACUCACACUAUUUUAGGCAUUGCAGGGAAAAGUUCAGUUGUAAAUUUGUUUCCAAGUUUUAUUUCUGUAGUCCCUGCCUAGGUACACUAACUGUGGAACUGGCCCCUCCCAGAACUACAAUUUUGUGCAAAAGUUUCUGAAGCAUGCUGUAAGCAUUGAUGUAUUUUUUUUUACCGUAUUUUGAUGGUACAGAUUUGUUUCAGGGUUCAAGUUUGCUGUAGACUUUUUUAAACUUUUAAACUAAGAAAACAAAUAGAAUCUUUUUAAAUUGCUGUCUCACUCUGUCUUGUAUUUUGAAUUGUCAUUGCUUAAAAUUUGAGUAAAGUGGUUUUUACUCGA